AUGACAGCGCCGAAUAUGCGGCCCAGCAGGUCUGGACUGAAGCUGUCAUCGACGACGCCACCUUCAUGGUAUUUUCGAAUGGAAUUCAGAAAGACACAAACGCUCUAUCUGUCAUUCCUCAUCGUGCCUCACAGAGACACUGAUCUCACUCAUGGCAAACUCCAUGUCGCUCUCUACAUCCUGGCAUACAAAGAUGCGGUGGCUCGCGCGAGGAAACUGGAUGCACUGCUCAGCAGCCCUCCGUCUAACCUUCCCUUUCGCUAUCAAUUGAAUUUUCACAAGGCACCUAGCGAUUCGAAACCCAAGCCAAGGAAGAAAAACGUCGAAAACAUCGAAAACAUCGAAAACAUAGACAAGGAGGUUGUUGACGCACUCGACCGGUCGCAUUCUCUCGUUCUACGCCUUCAUGGCUUCGCUCCAAUCCACCACGCUCUGAACAUCAACACUUGGCUUUUUACUCGCAAAAACACCACAGCGACGACGAGCAGACCUGUUAAAUCACGGCCAACGAUUUCAGAAACCAAGUUUUCCUCGACCUCGAACGAACGCAACUCAGUGGGAGUACAACUGUCUUCGAGGUUUUUCUAG